CUUGCAUUUAUCUUGUUCGGCUAUGACCAAGGAGUGUUCUCCGGCAUUGUUGGAAACGCAGACUGGCGCAAGACAUUCGGUUAUCCAGGAAGUGGACUCGAAGGCAUUAUUGUCUCAAUAUACAACCUCGGUGCCUUCAGUGGAUGUAUUCUAGCCUUCUUGGGCGGAGAGAAAGCUGGUCGACGUCUGUCCAUGUGGAUUGCCAUNGGUUUUCAUUGUAUGCUCCAGUAUUACUCCUACAGCGUACCGCAAAUCCUCGUCGCUCGUUACGUUACUGGAAUCGGAACUGGUAUCGAGACCAGCACUGUUCCUAUGUACCAAAGCGAAUUGGUCGAAGCACACAAGCGUGGUCGUGUCGUCAGCUCUGAACCACUGUUCGUUGGUGUUGGUAUCGUCAUCGCCUACUUCUUCGACUAUGGAAUCGCCUACGCUGGAGCANNGGUUGUCGUCUUCAUGGUCCUUGGUGUUCCCGAAUCACCUCGAUAUCUAUACAAAGAAGGCCGCAACGAAGAGGCUUUGCAAGUUUUAUGCGAUGUAUACAAUGGAACACCGGACGACCCCAAGAUUGCAAAAGAACAGAAAGAUAUCCUUGAUGCUCUGGCAUUGGAACGCGUACAUGGCGAAUACAAGUACGUUGUCCGUAUGGUUCAGAAUCUGAAACGAUGGUCACUGACAGAGCUGUUCACAGGNUGGAGUCAAAUUCUCAAGCGAGACGACGUGCAGACCGGUAGACGUGUGCUUCUUGCCUAUGGCAUGCAAUUUAUGAAUCAGAUCGGAGGUAUAAAUCUGGUCGUCUACUAUGUUCCAAGCGCCCUGCAGUACAACGUCGGUUUAUCGCAUAACUUGGCCCUUCUCAUCGUUCAANGGUGGGUUUGUCCAAUGCUGUUUUUUCAUUGGAUCACUGGUUCCAACAUUCUUCCUCGACAGAAUGGGCAGAAGACGUCGAGCGAGACUGACAACGCCUUGAGNAUGCUUAUAUUCGGUGCAUCGGCAAAUUGCAUCCCAUGGGUCUAUGUUCCUGAAAUCCUACCUCUUCAUGCAAGAGCAAAGGGCACAGCUAUUGGCAUUUCCUCAAACUGGCUCUGGGCAAGUAUUACACCUUACCAUUUGGAAUUCCAUCCUCUGACCACUGCUGACCUCGGUGCANNGAACUUCGUGGUUGUCAUGAUCACGCCAACUCUCCUCAACAACUUGAAGUUCAAAGCCUACUUUAUCUUCAUGUGCACGAAUUUGGCAUUUGUGCCUCUGGUAUACUUCUGCUACCCCGAAACCUCCAAUUUGACUUUGGAAGAAGUCGACUACCUCUUUGUGAAAGAAGGAAGAGAAGGGAUUCAUAAAUUCACUGGACGUAGUCAACCCGUCAGAAUCAGUCUGAGCGGAGACGUCGAACAAGGCACCAAGGAGAUGAUGCAUGAUGAGAAGAGAGGCAGUGAGGGUGGUGCUGCAUUCGUGGAGGAUGUCAACAAGGUCGAGAAGUAG